UGCCAAUGGAUUCACAAUUGAAGGCACAAAACAACUCAUUAGCGAAGCCUUAAAGUUGGGACCCAUUGGAGGGGUAUUUCAUUUGGCGCUUGAAUUGAAUGAUUGUUUGAUAGAAAAGUUAACGUUUGAAAAGUUUUGUUCAUCUAUUGAUACGAAACACAAAAUCUUUACAAAUCUGGAUCAAAUGACCCGACAAUUGGACUAUAAAUUGGAUUAUUUUGUUGUCUUUUCAUCCCUGGCUUGUGGUAAAGGAAACGCCGGGCAAUCGAACUAUUCAUUUGGUAACUCUAUUUGUGAGCGUAUAUGUGAAGAGAGACGUAGGGAUGGUCUGCACGGACUCGCCAUACAAUACGGACCCGUCGGUGAUGUGGGAGUGUUUGAAGGGACGGAUCAAUUGUUAUUGUUUUCAACACUGAGAAAACAGCGAAUCAACUCGUGUUGCGAUGUUUUGGACAAAUUGUUGGCAAUUAAACAAUCGAUUGUCACUUCAUAUGUUAAAGUGGACCAAACAAAGGAAGAAAGCAGUACUCGAGGCAAACGUUUGAUCCGAGAGCUGUGGCGAGCGCUGGGUAUCGACCCGGAGAUCACACCCAACCACUUGACUCUCGGCGAGAUUGGCAUCGAAUCCAUGUUUGCCGUUGAGUUACAGCAGGAGUUGGAGAGGGACUGGAAUACGAAGGUAUCGCUAAAUCAGGUGAAGACUAUAACCAUCGGUAUGUUGAAGGACUACGAGGCAGGUGUUGUGGGGGAAAUGAAGAAGCACAUGGCCGAUAUCAAAAGGGCCAGAGUCGCUAUCCUGAAGCUGAAUUUCGUGAUGCCCACCCAAACCCAUACACCACUAAACAGUGUGACAAAGGGUACGCCCGUAUACUUUAUGCCACCCAUUUUGGUGUCAUUCACGGCAAUGGAAGAGUUGGCCCAAAAGAUUAAUCGCCCGGUAAUCGGCCUGAAUUGGACCCGUGAGGUGAGCGCACUGACCACUAUGAAAGAGGUGACCGCUUAUUACGUGAAGCUACUGAAAACGCUUGAGCCGAAAGGCAAGUGCGAUGUGUUGGGCUAUUUUGACGGCGCCAUCAUUUGCUCCAAGUAUCUGCUGAAGGGAAUGGUUGGGCGGGCGGUCAUCAUCGACGUGAUCGACGACUCCCACUUCCGGGACGAGUAUAUGACCGACGAGUAUAUUCUCGAAUAUUUGCUAUCAUUCCUGUCAUCAGAACUGCCGGAUUCGUUUAAACAAAAAAUACUGCGCGACCUUAAAAAGGAGCAGGGUAUGAAUGGCAAAGUUAAAUAUAUAGUCAACGAGUUGGGCGACUUCGCCGGCAAAGGUCUGGUGGGAACUGAUAUGCAGGAGAUCUUUGAAGUGAUGAUAAGCAGAAUUCAUAUGCUUUCCAAAUACCGAAUGGAAAAGAAGAAGAAGUUGUCCAACAAAUUGAAGACAACGAUCGGCAAGAAGUGGUCCAAAAAGACGGGUAAACUCGUCGUCAUUAAGCAGUUUAAGUUUGAAUUGUGCGAAGACGUCGACGAGACUAUGGAGAGGGCACGCAACGCUUAUUUCCUACCUGGGUCAAAUGUA